AUGACUUUGAACUUCACCAGAAGCACGAGGGCUGUAGGAGCUCUGAGGUGUCUAGCAGCUCGCUCUUCCCUCAAUGCCCGCAAGUACUCUUCCUCGUCCGAGCCAGACCUCAAGACCACGCUCAAGAGUGUUAUCCCAGCCAAGCGAGAACUCUUGAAGAAAGUCAAGGCACACUCCUCCAAGGUCAUAGGCGAGGUCAAGAUUGAGAACGCCAUUGGUGGCAUGCGUGGUCUAAAGGCCAUGGUUUGGGAGGGUUCAGUCUUGGAUGCCAACGAAGGUAUUCGCUUCCACGGCAAGACAAUCAAGGACUGCCAGAAGGAGCUGCCUAAGGGAAAGACGGGCACGGAAAUGCUGCCGGAAGCUAUGUUUUGGCUUCUACUUACAGGCCAGGUCCCUUCCACGAACCAGGUUCGCCAGUUUUCCCGUGAGCUGGCUGAACAAGCCCAACUGCCUCAGUUUGUCAACAAGCUGCUUGACGACUUUCCCAAAGACCUUCAUCCAAUGACCCAGUUUGCCAUUGCCGUUUCUGCCCUGAACUACACCUCCAAAUUUGCCAAGGCUUACGAGCAGGGUCUUAACAAGGCUGAUUACUGGGAGCCUACCUUUGACGACUCUAUCUCACUGUUGGCCAAGCUGCCCACCAUUGCCGCUAAAAUUUACCAGAACUCCUACCGGGGCGGUGGUGCUCUUCCGGCCGAGGUUGACAUCGAACAGGAUUGGUCCUACAAUUUUGCUGCUAUGCUUGGAAAGGGUGGCAAGGAGAACGAGAGCUUCCAGGACCUUCUAAGACUCUACCUUGCUCUGCACGGCGACCACGAGGGAGGAAACGUCUCCGCUCACGCCACCCACUUGGUCGGAAGCGCACUGAGCGAUCCCUUCCUCAGCUACAGUGCCGGGCUCCAGGGUUUGGCGGGACCUCUCCACGGGCUUGCUGCCCAGGAAGUGCUUCGAUGGAUCAUUCAGAUGAAGGACAACAUCCCCAAGUCAUACACUGAUAAGGAUGUGACAGACUAUCUAUGGACUACUCUCAACUCGGGUAGAGUUGUGCCUGGGUACGGCCACGCCGUUCUACGCAAGCCCGAUCCCCGUUUUGAAGCCCUAAUGGACUAUGCCGCCGCACGCCCGGAGAUUGCCCAAGAUCCUAUCUUCCAGCUCGUGCAGAAGAACAGCCGGAUCGCUCCUGAGGUACUCAAGAAGCACGGCAAGACCAAGAACCCCUACCCCAACGUCGACUCCAGCUCCGGCGUUCUCUUCCACCACUACGGCUUCCACGAGACGCUGUACUACACCGCCACCUUCGGUGUCUCUCGUGGCUUGGGGCCCCUUGCUCAACUCAUUUGGGACCGUGCCCUUGGCUUACCCAUCGAGCGACCCAAGAGCAUCAACCUCGAAAGCCUCCUUAAGCAGGCCGAGAGCUCAUAG